CGUGAUUACAUCAACAUUAUUGCUUAAUUAUGGGCAGUCAUAAUAUUUCACGCUUUACGCCAACAAACUAUUAACAGACCUUGCAUUUAUGUUCAUUCCGUAUAACUGACAUGGCUAUUGAAUCAAAGACGACAUCCGCUAUUACAUAGCGUUAAUAACAACAACCUGUAGGAGAGGUGUCACGCUGACAGAGAAUAUAAGCAGCUAAAACAUCAUUAAAGUGAUGAGAUACUGUACAUCUGAAAACAAGUUUUAAUUAAAACCAUCCAUCAUUAUUACAUCAUUAUUGUGCAGAAUUGAUAAUCUCGUUUUUAAACAUUUGAUUCUUUCGUGUUAUAUAUUGUGCACGGGACAUAAUUUAACCAGAUAGUUUUCAUUAUUAUUUUUGUGAAUCAAGGCUAAAAUCGACCUAAAUUGAUUAUUUAACAUUCGAUUAAAAAAACAAAAUCAAAAUAUGCGUUGAUUAUAUCAAAUAUCGUCUGUAGUGGAAACCCCAUCGUUCGGAAUGCGUUUGUACCUUAUUUGUGAUAUAUAUUUCCUAGUUGCUAUUCUUCAACAAAGAUAUUAUUUGUAUUUCGAGUUUAAUAAAUCAGCCAAUGAUCAUAUAAAUAAAAUAAACAAAAACUGUGAGGUAUUCCUAAAACUGAAUAAAGCCAUUUUAGAUGAAAUAGACCCUGUCAAUAAAUGUGAUUGCUACACCGAAGCCCCCUACAGCAGCAACAUCUUGCAUCAACUUGUAUGUUUUUUUCUACUUUGUUUAUCGAAUAGUGGUAUCAUCGGAAACUGUGAUGGUGAUCACCCAUCAAUAUUUAACACAAAUGUAAUUUAAAACCAAUUUCCGCAUGUCUCAGAAAACAUCUACAGCAAUUUACCAGUCCAUUACCGUGGAUGAACUGGAGUCCUGGUCCAGGGAACAUGGAGUCUAUGAGGAUUUUUCAUCUACAUCAGAUUGUAUGAAAUAUGAAUGGAUGAGACUAGGAUCGUUUAAAUCAUUUCCUAGACAAUCUGAAGGAAGACCAAUAAAAUUAGCUAAAGCUGGAUUUGUUUUUACUAGUACCAGAGAAGGAGAUGAUACUGUCACGUGUUUUACUUGUGGUGUUACUAAAAAUAACUGGUUGAAAUAUGAAGACCCACUCCAAGUCCACAAAGAUCUAAAUCCAAGAUGUCAUUUUAUGAAUAAUGAAUCUGAAAAUGUCGAUAUCCUAGUUCCUGGGGUGAUUGUUUAUGAUAAAAUAUUGAAAACCUUGCACGACACUUAUUGUUGCGGAUCCAGAAAUAAAGGGCCUGUAGUGUGUGACGAUUCAUCACCUAGGGACGACAGUGAACCGGUGGAUGCAAGUUCAGGUUCAGACCUCUCAUCCUCGGUUUGGACUACAGAUCAAAUACCGGAACAUGGGUGUCGAUUGACUGACGCUGUGUACAUCAGUUGGUCACAAAGUUUGACAAAUAAAGUGGUUACGACAAGUUCAGCUAGUGUUGUAUUAACAGCAGACUCUACCAGACAAACUAUGACAGCAGAAGAAGCAAGACUUAGAACAUUUGGAAACUGGCCAAGAUAUUUAGCUGUUAGACCUGCUGAACUAGCACGGGCAGGGUUUUACUAUCUUGGUUCCGCUGAUCGAGUACAAUGUGCCUUCUGUAGAGGUAUUUUAAGAGAUUGGGAAGAAGCAGAAAGUCCAGUAGCUGAACACUGGAGACAUUUUUCUAGUUGUGAAUUCUUGAGAGGAACCGACCAAUCUAAUGUUCCUAUUAUACCAAAUGAUAGUUAUAUACAUGAUUAUGUAUCAACUACCAAUGAUGACGCAUUAACUUUGAUCAUAGGUGGGCCAAGAAGGUAAUAGGUCAACAUUUGGAACCUCCAGGGGCGCCUGGACUUCCCCAUCUAGAAAACUGACUGUCAGAUUUGUAUUAUGAGUUAGCCAAGGGGUGAUUUGGGAUUGAAGCUAUGGACAAAGGAAUUGUAAAGGCUCUUUGCCCCCAUAGUACGCGAUUUGCCAUUAUUCUAGUACUAGGGUUUUUUGUUAAUUAGAUGGUGUUUUGGUGGUGGUUUAUGUUAAUUAAAUGGUGUUUUGGUGGUGGUUUUUAUGUUAAUUAGAUGGUGUUUUGGUGAUGGUUUAUAUUAAUUAGAUGGUGUUUUGGUGAUGGUUUAUAUUAAUUAAAUGGUGUUUUGCUGGUAAUUUUUGUCCUAGGGUUUUAUGUUGCUGUAAUCUGCUGUAUUUCCUCCUCAUUUUUUGAAUGAAUGAUAUGGUAUUUAACGUUUUAUUUUUCUUAUCAACUGAGAAAAUGAAGACGGCCAUACAGUACCCUGUGAGGACAAUUGUGUAAAAGGUUGUUUUAUAUCAAAGUGUAGCUGCGACAUUGAUAUUUCGUCCCAUUAAAACGAAUAGACAAGAAGAGGCCACUCUGGAAAAUCUUUCCCGGCCAGCACAGGGAUCAAAGCUCUUGCCUUCUGAAUAACGAGACAGCGGCUUACUCACUGAGCCACUGUGGUUUCAUCUUCACUUUGUGAAUGGUACAUUUAAUUAUAAUAAUUGUGAAUUGCUUUUUAAGAUCAAGAGACGAAGAAACCUAUUGCUUUUCUGCGAUUUCCUAUAAUUUAUAUACAGGGUUUAAAGUCAGGAGACGAUGAAGCCUAUUGAUUUUCAACUAUUUCCGAUAAUUACUGUCAGAGUUAUGGCCCUUGACCUCUUUGAAAAUUUUUAGAGAAUCUCUUGAGGCUGCAGUUUAUAUCAGACUUAUACACACUGUUUAAGGUCAUGAGAAGAAGACUCCUAUUCAUUUUCAACCAUUUCUAAUAAUUACUGCCAGAGCUAUGGCCCUUGAACACUUUGAAAAAACAUGUGGACGCUCUAGAGGCUAAAGUAAAUAUAAAAUGUUUAAGGUCAUAAGACAAAAAAUUGAAAUAAUUUCUAAUGAUUACUUAAUGGGUUAUUACUCAUAAUCAGAUUUUCGUGUGUUAUAAAUGCUCUUAUUCCUGACAAAAAGAAAAAAUAUGCGACAACCCUUGUUGACUGCAUGGACGACUUGGCUGCUGUAGGCAUAUGUUUCGUUGUCUGGCAACCUAUCGUUAUUUUUUAAAUAUCAUUGUUAUAUGUGCAUGUAGUAUCCUUCAAUAAAAAGUUUUUAUUCCCAA